AUCUUAGUAGGAUAAGUUCAUUUUGAUUUUUUUUUUUUUACUGAAUCGUAGAAGGGCAGACUCAGUUUUACGGUGGCCCUGGUCCACGGUAAGGAGGCGUACACCCGAGGUUUUGGGUUUUGGCGUGGCUGUUGCUAAAGAACGCCGUCCCUUCCGAGUCCCCCGAUUUCUCACAAACGCCAUGUAUAUCGUACACUCCUGCGCCUCUGUUCAACUUCCAGGCCCUCGGUUCUUCACGGUUUCGCGCCAAAGCAACUGCUUCGCGCCAUUUUCGGUUUCGGUUGGGAGCUGUGCUGGGGCGAAGACAUCUCCGUGCAUUGUAAAAGCAAGUCGAAGGCAACGGCUCAAUACCCAGAGUUUGAAUACGGAAAUUGAAGAAGCCGCUGAUGAAGGUGUAGGCGAGGAUGGAGAUGAAGACGAUGAAUUUUUGCCUCGGAGCGGGUUCGGGGGGAGAGAGGAGGAAAUGGAUUAUGAUAGAAACCCUGAAUUUGCUGAAAUUCUUGGGAGUUGUCUCGACGACCCGCAAAAGGCGCGGUCUAAAAUGGAGGAGAGGUUGAGGAGAAAAAGGAACAAAAUAUUGCAUACAAAAACUGGUUCAGCACUGCCCAUGAAGGUGACAUUCAACAAAUUUGAUUUCUCGAACACAUAUAUAUGGUUUGAAUUCUACAAUACCCCAUUGGCAAAAGAUAUUUCCUUAAUUUGCGAUGCUUUACGAUCGUGGCACAUUGUUGGACGCCUUGGUGGAUGCAAUUCCUUGAAUAUGCAGUUGUCACAAUCUCCUUUCGAUAAAAGACCAAGCUAUGAUGCUAUUCAGGGAGCCAAUGUGAACCCAACCACAUUUUAUAACAUUGGGGAUCUUGAGAUCCAAGACAAUUUAGCACGAAUAUGGGUGGAUAUUGGGACUAGUGAGCCAUUGCUUCUGGAUAUUUUGAUAAAUGCAUUGACACAGAUCAGCUCUGAAGAAUGAUUGUUGCAAGGUGCCUGCUGCUUGGUAUCUUUUAACUUAUAUAAAUACAAGCAUGAUAUCAAUGAUUUGGCCACGUUUUGUUUUGUUGUGCUUUCAGCUCCUAAGUGGUAUUACCUUGGUUCCACCACAGCCUCCCCUCUCAUCUGUUUCUAAUGUUGCUUGUUUGGUGUCAUCACCCUAAUUUAAUGCAAUCUUGAAACUUCCUGUUUCUAAUAUUUAUGCUACAAUCCUUUUUAUUUUCAUCUAACAGCUAUGUGGGAAUCAAGCAAUUGGUGUUUGGUGGAGAUGAAUUUGAGAACUGGAAGGAGAACUUGACAUCUGAACAUGCAGGUUGCAGUGUUCACAAGAUUUAGUGAACUUGCUCCACAGUCAACGAUAUUCUCUGAUAGUGAAUUUCUCUUUGCUUUCUUUGCCCAAUAACCAUAUGCCAAUAGAGGGAUGAGAACCGAGGAAAAACAAUCAGUAUUACAAGCAGAUUUUGAAUUAGCUAAACAAUCAACCGUGUGCAAAUUUUGUGACUGGCUUGAUCGAUGCUGGCUUAGCCACUUGCAACCGUAUGGCCAAGAGUAAGGACGUAUACUUUAGACUAGUUGUUAAGAGGAUUUGCUAGAGGCUAUUCAUUUUGGUAAUGAAACAAUUUUCUUUGUUAAACUGUUGCUUACGCCCAACAGAAAAAAUACAGACAUCCUCAAGAGGGAUCAAAGUUAUCAAGAAGCAGAGUCCAGGUUAUUUAUUUUUA